AUGGACUUGACUCCUAAAGAAACCAACCUCAUCGAAAUCGCAAGAACAACUAUCAAUGCAAUCCCCAAAUCAGAUACAUACAGCGUGGCCAGCGCAGCCCUCUCUGUCGACGGACGGAUUUUCACUGGUGUGAACGUGUAUCAUUUCACUGGCGGACCAUGUGCCGAGCUCGUGGUACUCGGUGUAGCCGCGGGUGCCGGGACUCCUCGUCUCUCACAUAUUGUUGCUAUUGGAGAAGACGGCCAAGAUGGAGUUGUUCUUAAUCCCUGUGGUCGGUGUCGACAGGUGUUGCAUGAUCUGCAUCCUGGUAUUCGGGCUGUUGUGCGGAAGGAUGGAGGGGUGAAAUCUGUUUCUAUUAAUGAGUUGUUACCUUGGGGUUACGGGCUUAGAGAGUAA